ACCGUUUGCUUAUCUUUUCAGUUCCACAGCAUUCAUAUCUUUCAGGCUUUCGACUUCUCUCCACUUCAUUUCAGUCCGUUUGUCUUCACGCCGAGCACCACCAACGCCUUGCCACAGGUGUGAGGCAAAGUCUGGUCAAAUGAGAGGUGACGGUGGGCCCAACACCAGAUCAUCACCAACCAGAAUAGUCUCCUCCAUAGCAGGCUGUGAAUCCACUGGAGUCCAAAAACACAAUAACAAAUCUUAGUUAUACCGUUGUUUCCAGGUUUCAACUGCCCCACUUGUGCGGAUGGCAAUGGCAGUGACCCUACACCCAACUAUCUUCACCAAUAUCACCCAUCUCAAAUCCACCACUACCAGGGCGAAGACCGCAACUCGUCGUAAGUCGCAAGCAAACUCGGUGAGGUGCUUUGAGGGAACCGUGGAGGCCCAGCGAGUCACUGUCCAGAACGGGAAUGAUUCGCUGGAUAUAUGCCGAGUCCUGAAUGGGAUGUGGCAGACUAGUGGUGGUUGGGGCCGAAUUGAUCGAGAUGACGCUGUCGAGGCCAUGCUCCGAUACGCUGAUGCAGGCCUCUCCACCUUCGACAUGGCUGAUCACUAUGGGCCUGCUGAAGACUUAUAUGGCAUCUUUAUCAAUCGAGUUCGUCGAGAGCGCCCGCCAGAGUUUUUGGAUAAGGUCAGAGGUCUUACAAAAUGGGUGCCACCACCAGUUAAGAUGACAAGUAGCUAUGUGAGGGAGAGCAUCAAUGUUUCGCGGAAGAGAAUGGACGUGGCUUCCUUGGAUAUGCUUCAGUUUCAUUGGUGGGACUAUUCAAAUCCUGGUUACCUCGAUGCACUAAAACACCUUGCAGAUCUGAAAGCAGAAGGUAAAAUCAAGACAGUUGCUUUAACAAAUUUUGAUACAGAAAGAUUGCAAAUAAUCCUUGAAAAUGAAAUUCCCAUUGUAAGCAAUCAGGUGCAACAUUCAAUUGUUGACAUGCGUCCUCAACAGAAAAUGGCAGAGCUUUGUCAGCUUACAGGAGUCAAACUUAUAACGUAUGGAACAGUAAUGGGCGGUCUGUUAUCUGAGAAGUUUCUUGACACCAACUUAGCAAUCCCUUUUGCUGGCCCUCCAUUAAACACACCCUCCCUCCAGAAGUACAAAAGGAUGGUUGAUGCCUGGGGAGGAUGGAGCCUGUUCCAAGCCCUGCUUCAAACGCUUAAAAAAGUAGCAUCUAAACACAAGGUUUCGAUCCCAACUGUUGCAGUGAAAUAUAUUCUAGAUCAGCCCACAGUGGCAGGAUCAAUGAUUGGCGUUAGACUUGGGCUGUCAGAACACAUCAACGACGCAAAUGCUAUCUUUUCUCUUGAUCUCGACGAGGACGAUAUAAACAGCAUACAAGAAGUCACAAAAAAAGGGAAAGAUCUCCUUCGUGUAAUUGGUGACUGUGGAGAUGAAUAUAGGCGUAUAUGAGACUAGACAGUGUAGACUUACAUGUUCUUCUCACUUUAAUUGCCUUUAUUCGAGUAUAAAAAAAUAAAAAUAAAAUACUUCGCUCAUUUUUGUGUUAA